AUGGAGGAAUUGCUGGAGCCCGCUCGAGCAGAGCGAAGAACAGCGGGAGUGAAGGUGACCAGAGUGAUCGAAUCGUUUUCACCCGACUGCUACAGAAUGACAAAAGACAAGGAGCAGAGCGUCGAACAAUCUCUGUGGAGAUGCGCGUUCGACUUCGAUUCAGAGUCGUUUGAGGGACGUGGUGGCCGCCGUAGCGGACCUAAUGACGACUUCGGUGACAAUGGGUCUGAGAGCAGCUUCAGUAAUUCUUUUCAUUCGGGGGAGAGAAGUAAUCGCAGCUCUCGAGGCCGUGGUGGUCAUCGCGGUGGCUAUGGUAGUAGUGGAAGCAGUGGCAACUCUGGUGGACGAGACCACAGCGAUAGUAACCGCCGCAUUACACCUAACGGUGGCGGAGGUGGCUGUCAUGAAAGAAGACGAAGUAGCGGUUACAUGGGUUUCUCAACAGGUUCAUUCGGCGUUAUGGGUGAUGCGGACAGCAUUAAUAUGAGCGAUACACAAUCAUCAGAAGCCCCUGCUGCUGAAGUGCCACUUGCCAGCAUUGAGGAUCUUCGCUACGAAGCAAAGGACAUGGUUAAGGAUCAAGAGUUACACGGCUUGGACGACAUCGUAGAUUGUCCACUAUCUGGAACACUGGAAUCUGGCAUGGGGGUCCCCAUCGUUCAGGAACCUGCUACGGGAAUGAGAGGUUCCAGUACUUUUCCUUCUUCCGCGAUUAGCGAUGAAACAAUACAGCAGGCUUAUGAGGUUGUGGCGCUAGAUGGGGGUUGUAGUAGUACGAUCAACGGGAGUCAGAAUUUGCACCCGGAGCAAAAAUGCACCAAAACCGAUGCAGCUUGUUUUGGCGGUGGAGAUGAUUAUGGAAUGCGAGCUCGUUCUAUUUCCUGCCAGGCUAUGAAUCCCACCCAAGCGUCUUCAAAAAUGGUUGAUCGUCGCUAUCUUUCGAGCGUUGUUAUCGACGGGGGCCUUCGGCAAACCUUGACUUGCAACAAGCCACAGUCUCGUCACCUCAUGCACACUUCCUUCGUCAACAUGGUUGAGGACGCAGCCAACUAUGGAACAACGGUGGAGCAAAUUGUUGCUACGCCUCCUUCCGAUGCCAAUCUGAAAAAAGCUACUGGCUGUGGAGCUCAAGAUGGACACCACAGUGUCUUGUCUGAAAUCAAUGUAAGUGAAGCUGGCAUGAUACGAUAUAGGAGUGACACUUCUCAGCGCCGUGUUCGAUCUAUUUCGCAGACUAUCCUGGACAGCGGACGCGAUGGAAAGUCGUCUAGCUUUGCUAAUGAAGAAAUAGUAAGAUCUCAACGGGCUUUAACCAGAACCUUAGAAGAGGAGAACGAUAGGUUCGUUCGCGACGAUGGGACGCAAAUUAGAACUGUGCAGAAUGAUGAUCACUUCAACAAUCACCGACUUAGUAAGUUAUCGAUUCAUACCAACAACGAUGAAUUCGUAUAUGUCGGCGGUCUCCCACCAUCUGAUGGACGUACAAGCCUCCGCUCACGUGGAAGUAUUAGUAGGCAGAGCAUCCACUCUGCAGAUUUCUUGCCUGGCUUCUCUGCAAAUUCCGUAUCGACAGAGAAACUGCAGACGGCUGCUAGUGGAAAGCCCCUUAAGUCGAAUCAAAUCGAAGACGACGAGGUUUUUACUGCAGAAGAAGAUGUUGUUUAUGAAGAUGCAACACAAUCAGAGUUUCAUCUUAAACAACGGGAUGUACCAACCAUUCAAAUCAACGGAAGAACUUUGUCAGAAUCUAACAUGACAAGUUCUGAUUAUGUGACGGCUCAAGACCGGUUGAUAUCGUCAGGUGGUGGUGGUGAAGUGUUUGAUACAUUGCUACCUGCUCGAAACGAGUGUUCACGUGAGGCUCACCCAAGCGCCUACUAUGUCGCAGAGGAAGAAGCUCCACUGCAGAUGCAUUCGUCGCGCAGUAGCCUCCAUCCAUCUGACACCAACCUCCGUACAGCAGAAUCGUCAUCUUGGCAGAAUCUCCAUUCAUGUGCCUACAACAUUGCGCAGGAGAAAUCUUCUCUGCAGACCCAUAUGUCGCACAGUAGCCUUCAUCCAUCUGACACCAAUCUCCGUACAGCAGAAUCGUCGUCUCGACAGAAUCGCUCAAGCGCCUACAACAUUGAGCAGGAGGGAUCUCCACAGCAGACGCAUUUGUCGCAUACUAGCCUCCAUCCAUCUGACACCAAUCUUCGUACAACAGAAUCGUCGUCUCGGCAGAAUAUUCGCCCGAGCGCCUACUAUGUCGCAGAGGGAGAAGCUGCACCGCAGGAGUAUUCGUCACACAGUAGUCUCCAUCCAUCGGACACCAAUCUCUGUACAGCAGAAUCGUCAUCUCGGCAGGAUAUCCAUUCAAGCGCGUGCAACGUUGCACAGCAAGAUGCUGCGCUCCAGGUGCAUCUGUCGCACGGUAGCCUUCAGCCAUCGAACACCAACCCCCUCCGUUUAGCAGAAUCGUCGUCUCGACAGAAUAUACGCUCAAGCGCCUGCAACAUUGAGCACGAGGAAUCUCCACUGCGUUUGUCGCACAGUAGCCUUCAUCCAUCUACUACCAGCCUCCCCCGUUCAGCAGAAUCGUCGUCUCGACAGAAUCUCCAUUCAUGUGCCUACAACAUUGCGCAUGAGGAAUCUCCUCUGCAGACCCAUUUGUCACGCAAUAACCUUCAUCCAUCAAACACCAACCUCCUCCGUACAACAGAAUCGUCUUCUCGACAGAAUACACGCUCAAGCGCCUACAACAUUGAGCAGGAGGAAUCUCCUCUGCGUUUGUCGCACAGUAGCCUCCAUCCAUCAAGCAUCAACCUCCGUACAACAGAAUCGUCGUCUCGACAGGAUACUCAUUCAAGCACCUACGACAUCCCGCAAGAAGAGUCCCUACUGCAGACGCUUUGGUCGCGUAGUAACCUCCAUCCUACGAACACUAACCUAGUUCAUGCUGCUGAGUCGUCGUCUCAGGAGGAUAUCCACUCAAGCGCGUGCAACGUUGGCCAGGAAGAACCUCCGCUGCAAGUGCGUCUUUCGCACACUAGCCUUCAUCCAUCCAACACCAACCUCUUCCGUACAGCGGAAUCCUCGUCUCGGCAGAAUCUCCAUUCAAGCGCGUGCAACGUUGCCCAAGAAGAACCUCCGCUGCAGAUGCAUCUUUCGCACACUAGCCUUCAUCCAUCGAACACCAACCUCCUCCGUACAGCAGAAUCCUCGUCUCGGCAGAAUCUCUGUUCAAGCGCGUGCAGCGUUGCCCAAGAAGAACCUCCGCUGCAAGUGCGUCUUUCGCACACUAGCCUUCAUCCAUCCAACACCAACCUCCUCCGUACAGCAGAAUCCUCGUCUCGGCAGAAUUUCCAUUCAAGCGCGUGCAACGUUGCCCAGGAAGAACCACAAGAACCUCCGCUGCAGAUGCAUCUUUCGCACACUAGCCUUCAUCCAUCGAACACCAACCUCCUCCGUACAGCAGAAUCCUCGUCUCGGCAGAAUCUCCAUUCAAGCGCGUGCAACGUUGCCCAGGAAGAAGCACAAGAACCUCCGCUGCAGGUGCGUCUUUCGCACACUAGCCUUCAUCCAUCGAACACCAACCUCCUCCGUACAGCAGAAUCCUCGUCUCGGCAGAAUCUCUGUUCAAGCGCGUGCAGCGUUGCCCAAGAAGAACCUCCGCUGCAGAUGCAUCUUUCGCACACUAGCCUUCAUCCAUCGAACACCAACCUCCUCCAUACAGCAGAAUCCUCGUCUCGGCAGAAUUUCCAUUCAAGCGCGUGCAACGUUGCCCAGGAAGAACCACAAGAACCUCCGCUGCAGGUGCGUCUUUCGCACACUAGCCUUCAUCCAUCGAACACCAACCUCCUCCGUACAGCAGAAUCCUCGUCUCGGCAGAAUCUCCAUUCAAGCGCGUGCAACGUUGCCCAAGGAAGAAGCCCUCCGCUGCAGGUGCGUCUUUCGCACACUAGCCUUCAUCCAUCGAACUCCACCAACCUCCUCCGUACAGCAGAAUCCUCGUCUCGGCAGAAUCUCCAUUCAAGCGCGUGCAACGUUGCCCAAGAAGAACCUCCGCUGCAGAUGCAUCUUUCGCACACUAGCCUUCAUCCAUCGAACACCAACCUCCUCCGUACAGCAGAAUCCUCGUCUCGGCAGAAUCUCCAUUCAAGCGCGUGCAACGUUGCCCAAGAAGAACCUCCGCUGCAGAUGCAUCUUUCGCACACUAGCCUUCAUCCAUCGAACACCAACCUCCUCCGUACAGCAGAAUCCUCGUCUCGGCAGAAUCUCCAUUCAAGCGCGUGCAACGUUGCCCAGGAAGAACCACAAGAACCUCCGCUGCAGGUGCGUCUUUCGCACACUAGCCUUCAUCCAUCGAACACCAACCUCCUCCGUACAGCAGAAUCCUCGUCUCGGCAGAAUCUCCAUUCAAGCGCGUGCAACGUUGCCCAAGAAGAACCUCCGCUGCAGAUGCAUCUUUCGCACACUAGCCUUCAUCCAUCGAACACCAACCUCCUCCAUACAGCAGAAUCCUCGUCUCGGCAGAAUCUCCAUUCAAGCGCGUGCAACGUUGCCCAGGAAGAAAAAGAACCUCCGCUGCAGGUGCGUCUUUCGCACACUAGCCUUCAUCCAUCGAACACCAACCUCCUCCAUACAGCAGAAUCCUCGUCUCGGCAGAAUCUCCGUUCAAGCGCGUGCAGCGUUGCCCAAGAAGAACCUCCGCUGCAGAUGCAUCUUUCGCACACUAGCCUUCAUCCAUCGAACACCAACCUCCUCCAUACAGCAGAAUCCUCGUCUCGGCAGAAUCUCCACUCAAGCGCGUGCAACGUUGCCCAGGAAGAACCUCCGCUACAGGUGCAUUUGUCACACAGCAACCUUCGCGCGACGGGUGCAUUGUAUGAUCGCGAAGUGGAGUUAGGUCCUCGAAAGGAAUCCGUGGUUAAGUCCGCUAUCGAUGUGAGAGCGUUCGAGUGUGGAAAGGCAGCCAUUCCUACUAUUGCUUCGAUAGAAAAACCUCCAAUAAGAAUCAGCAUGGUCAGCAGUUCGCCAUUGUCGAGGACCACAUCCCAUCAUAGUGUACGUUCUGAUGUUAACAACAAUACGACCGACAUUAUGCAAACCACGCAAUGUCCCAGCAGUCAGGAAAUUUACAAUGAACGUUCUGAAAACCCUCCACCGAAGCCAGCUGUCCGACGAUCGUUGCAAGCAAUCCCCACUGCUAUUUCUAGUUCAUUGUCCCAAAAUAGUGUUUCUGGAGCCGAUGAAUCCUCCAGAAAUGGUAUCCACGUUUUCAAGACAAGUGGUGGAGGACUCUGGUACCACUUUUCUGACAUUGACCGUAAUCGUAGUCGCUCCAUCAGUAACACACCCCAGCGUCGCGUAUCUGGGAGCGCUAGUAUGAGUAGAUCUGAGACAGUUACGCAGAUUCCUCCGAAGAAACCACCCCGCAGCCGUUCAUCAUCUGCCGCCAGCCGAAAUGAGGUGCAUUUUUCGUCGAUUCCACAGCUACAUAGUCAUCCAGAUGACCGUUUCGGAGUGGAAGAGAGUGGAGAGCCAUUUCGUUCAACUUCUGAACACGAACUGACUCCGCAUGCGCAGAAGUCUGGAUCGCGAGUAAACAUUGCUGCUACCGUUGAGGACAGAACGAAAGAACCUCAUAAAACUGUUUUCGAUCUGAACACCGGAAUGUUGACAGUACCUGUCCAAGAAAAAGCCAACUCAGAGAUCAGCAGCAAUGAAAUGGAACCACCGAGUCAGCCACCAUCUCUAAAAAACAUGGAUGAUGUACCGUCGCCUCUCGUCGUUACGGAUGCUCUCACGCCAAGGCGACCUCUUCACGAACUGAACGUGGAAGUGGACUACAAUUCACCGUCUAGUUUCAACCGAACUCUUUUCACACGGGAGGCAUUUUUGAGAAGACGUAGAAACGGAAGAGAGCCCGAACGUGCUGAGGUUGCAAUCCAAACUGGCGAGACUAUUCGACUUCGACAAGGAAUGUUUUUCGAACAAGAGUUCCCCGAAAGAGGUGAUGAGAUCAUCAAAAAAGAUCGUGCAGGGCAAUCAAUGAAGCAGUCGGUUUAUGUAAACUCGAAUUACGACCGUCCUGUGGAUAAUUCUUUCGAGAAAAGAGGGCAUCCAGCAGCAUCAGUGCUCAACUCGAUGCUUCAACAACGUCAGAUGCAACCUGAGCAAAACCGGCAAGAGAAUAGACAAACAUCAGAAACUACUUCUAAACUCAACCAUGGUGAAAUAACAGAAAGAAGGGAUGAUUUGUAUCGACCAAUGACAGAGGCAUCAGAACGUAGGUCAGAAACAAGACGCUCUUUCAUCGAUAAUCAACAUCAUCAAUACGAGACAAGAACACACCAGGAAUGGAGAAGUAGCACAAGGAGUCAAUGGGAGGAGGGCAAGCUCGACGAAAACUUCAACGAAGUGCUCAGAGGUACUUGGAACCAGUCGGAAGAGCAGUUUCGACCUAAAGACACAAACUAUUCACAGCAACAGCAGAAAACAUGUAAUGAGACAUCCGAUCAGGUCUUUGAAGAAAACGAAGUUAUUAUCGACCGCAUUGAGUACCGCGACAUCGCAAAACCACCUCAGAGCUAUGCUGCAGUACAGAUGAGAGAACGAAUCGUCGAUGGAAAACGCCCCACUUCAGAGACAUUUACGAAAGGGCUCGCCCGAGAAAGUUCUCAUGUGAAUCACGAUACCGUCGAAAAUCCACCACAGUAUCUUCACGAAGUUAUCUCAAGACGUGCUAGUGUACCAAGCACUUCAUCUAAUGUGAUACACAAAAAAACAGCAGAAGAACUAAGGCAGAAAGUACUCGCUGAAUCCCGUUCUCCUUCUACUCCAAAGAGCGUACGUGUAUUUGGUUUUGAAAGUAAUCGUUCUGUCCCUUGCGACACCGAGCGUUUGUCUACAAGUGGUUUGACCACAAGAAACACUGUAACAACGAAUGACGCAUCCUUAUGUGCUCCUCCAACGCGCAUUUCCUUGAAUAAUCCUAACACCUUGUCGUUGUACAGCCCCACAUCCUCUCGUUGGCAUAGAAGAGUCCACAGCUCUGACAGGUCAGAACCUACUUCACCAUAUAAAUGGCAAGUUCCUGAUAUUGACACACGCAGAGAGUAUAGGGAGCCAGAUGCUCGUUCGAACGAGAGUAAAAUCAGCGGUACUGGCAGUACCGUACGUCGCCACGUACCACGUGGCCGUAUCCGGGAUCUUGCAAGGCUUUUCGACAAGUUGACGAAACAAGCUGAGCGGGAAUCAGCGGUUCUGAGAGGGAAAUCCUUACCUGCUCCAAAACAACGUUCCAAGUUCGUGCGAACACGUUCCAUGCCGAGACCCCAUGAUGUAUUCGCUCGGGAAGAGGAGGAACAGAACAGAGGAAAUCACGUGAAAGAACUGCCGAUAUCCCUGAAGUCUACCAUGAAUGAUGGCGUGGAUGAUCUCCGCACGUUCAGUUGCGGUCAGCAACCUACGGAUAGGAACAGUGGUGGUGAUGGACCAGAGCUGGCAACACAAAUUUAUGGAAAGGGAUGGUCGAGAAUGCAUUGCACUGGCUUGGAGCCUGGUAUGUUGCAACCUCACACUGACGAGAAUGCAUCAACAGAUAGUCGGAUUGAUUUGCGAAGAACGUCAACACCACUUGGAAAUGGUGGGGAAGGUGAUCUAGCGAAUGCGUUUGGCCGUGUUCCUUCUAUCAAUUCGCCGGAAAAUUCAGCUGUGUUCGAAAGAAAACGAACAGAGAGUGAUUCUAUUGGAAACGUCAAUGAUGUAUGCACAGAAGGUCAUCGAAAGUCGCAAGCUCUUGAUCCAUCGCAUCAAGCGCCGUCUGAGCAUGUCUACGCAAAACCAAUGAUCGCCAGACCCACUCUACCACCUCAGAGAAUGUCUGUGAUACAUCCGAAUAUCAGCCAGCAUGGCUACUAUGUGCAACAUAGGCGUAGCUAUGGCGAAAAGCAGCCCCGCGACACAGAUCAGCCCGAUGGAGAGCCUAUUUAUGCUCGUGUACAUCGCGUAAGUGCCACUCAUAACCGCCCCCAGUUUGGUGGGCAGGAUUUCUAUACCGAGCCUUCCUCGAUUUCGGUGAACCGCCAAUCUCGUCCUACGAAUACUGAGGAGGAGAAAGUGAACGGUGAAAUUGAUCGGAUGUUCCAAUUUGUUGAGGAACAUGAUGGACUUAGUACAUUGGGGCGUGGAACGGCUUCAGAAAGUACUUCAGCUAUGAUCAGACCCGAUGGAUAUGGAACAAUACGUGGAGAAGGCGUAGAACUCUCAGAACUUCCUUUGCAUCCUCCACUACCGGCAGCUCCGUUGCACCGCGUUGAAACAGUUUCAUCACAACGCACUAUUCAGCCGCUUAAAUACUCUGUGAGUGGUUAUCGAGACAUGCAGCGCGCUCACCGCUUCGGAUAUGUUCCUUCGGAUGCUCCUCCGAAAUUCUCGCCAUUGAUAGCUCCUACGCCUGGUGUAGGUGUCAGCACUUAUAAGUCCCGGGAGGGAACUAUUGGAGAAAAGGUAAAUACGUACAGCAAUUUCUCUCGCAAUACUACCCAGCACCCAUCGGCGUUAGCCACAUCUACUCCUGUAGAAUCACCGGCAGGCACUGGAUUCUCCCAAGGAACACAAGGAGUGCCGAAUUUCGAUGAUUCUUUCAUCAGCGCUAUUACAACCGGUAGUCAUCCUCGUGAUGCUCAUGAAGAGUACAAGCGUCAGAUGACGAAGCUCAAUCAUCAAAUUCGUGUCCAAGAGGAGCAGAUCGAGAUGACAUUGAAAGUUUUAGCACUAGCACGUAAGAAGCAGAAGUCUAUGCAAGAGCUAUCUGCUCAGCGCACUUUACUUUUGGCACGUGAACGCCUUGACCUUCUUCGGUGCGAGGUAAGUCGAAUCUCAGCCCUGGCGGCUGUGCGCAACCCGCCACCACCCGUCAGCAAGGAGCUACGUGGCACGAUGACAAUUUCGAAUAUUUGCAUAUACUUGAAUAGAAGCUUCUGUCAGCGACAGUACGAACAAGAGUCUUCUUAUGCGCUCCUGAUUCUGCUAAAAUGUGGUGCGGAGGUAGAGGCGACUGGACCAGUAUCAUUGCUUGCACACAACCAAAACCGCAUUCGCCAACUGACGUUUGCCGAAAAUGUUCAGUUCUCAAACUUACCCGUUGAUUUCAAUGUGCUGCUCGAGGUCUAUGCAAUGAAAUUGCCCUCAGUCAAGAAUGUGGAGCAGUCGUGUGCCAGUAACAUCGCAAACAAGUGCAAAAAUCUGCUAAGCCCAGCAUUGGCACACCGCUCAAAUCGUGCUUCCUAUCAAGAGUCUGGUGGAUCGGAGUUCAUAAGAUGUGGAUACAUAAUACUAAACAGAGAUACGGUUGGAAUGAACAAAUUCUAUUUGGAUGAGGCUGAGUACCCUCUAGAGGGGACCAUCGAGGUGUUCGCACGUUGCACUACGCUCCCACCAGCCAUUGAAGUAGACAACAGAGGAUUCCUUACUAUGUAUCAAACUGUCAGUGGUAUGGGAUCGUGGGAGCGUUAUUGGGCUGUUCUUCGCCGUGGAAUGGUUUACUUCUGGCGCUAUCCGGACGACGAAUCUAAUGAAAAGCGGCCAGUGGCGUUUAUGGAUCUCAGUAAGUGUACUAACGAUUUGGUUGUGAGAUGUACACCUGAGCAGUGUCCACGUGAGAAUUCCUUCAGUAUUGAUAUGCUGGUAUGCACCACACCAUCGCUAAUGGAGAAAAAGCGUGUGCUCCUAUCUGCGGAUUCUGAAGAGCUUCUUCACGCAUGGUUGCAAGCAUUGAAUGAGACGCUGUCCGUGCUAAGGGGCUAA